GGACACGUCUACUCCGGCAUGGCAGAUGCGCUUGAUAUCGUUGUUAUAGACAACUAUGAUUCAUUCACCUGGAAUAUUGUCGAGUACCUGUCUGCGCUGACGGAUCGCACCAUCACGGUCUUUCGCAAUGAUAAAAUCUCCGUCGCUGACCUUGUCGCCAGGCAGCCCACGCUGCUCGUCAUUAGCCCUGGACCAGGACAUCCAUCUACAGAUGCGGGCAUCUCUAGCGAUUGCAUUCGCGAAUUUGCAGGCAAAAUACCCAUUCUAGGGGUUUGUAUGGGCUUGCAAUGCAUGUUCACAGUCUUUGGCGGUAUUGUCGCCGGUACGGGUGAGAUUCUGCAUGGAAAGACGUCCUUGGUGGAGCACGACGGCAAAGGAUUGUAUACAGGUGUACCGCAAAAGAUUGCAGCGACACGCUACCACUCUCUAGCUGGUACAAAAGAAAGCCUGCCUGCGUGUCUGGAGCGCACGUCGUGGACUGAAAAUGGCAUCAUUAUGGGGGCCCGGCACAAGGAGUAUGCAAUGGAAGGAGUCCAGUAUCAUCCAGAGAGUAUCCUCUCAGAGGCUGGCAAAAUGCUCUUUGCCAACUUCUUGAAGCUGGAAGCCGGGACAUGGGCAGGCAACCCAGGCUUUAGUGAGGGAGCGCCUGUCGUGGAAAAGAAGAGUAUUCUAGAGACGAUUCACGAACAGCGACUGCUGGAUAUCGCAGCAAGUAAGGCGACACCUGGCAGCACGCCUGCCGACUUGAAACGGCUUUUGGCUCUCAAUGUUGCCCCGCCUUUGAUUGACUUCAAGAAGCGUCUAACGCAAAAUGCGCCGCACGAGCCGGCUCUCAUGGCAGAAAUCAAGCGAGCCUCACCAUCAAAGGGCGACAUUGACCUAGGUGCCAAUGCCGCAUCGCAGGCGCUGCUCUACGCGCAGGGCGGUGCAUCCGUCAUCUCAGUAUUGACGGAGCCACAGUGGUUCAAGGGCAGUCUUAAUGACUUGCGAUCAGUCCGUGAUGUCUUGCAAGGCAUGCCCAAUCCACCUGCGCUGCUACGAAAGGACUUCAUCAUUGACACGUACCAAAUUGACGAGGCACGACUAUACGGUGCAGACACAAUUCUAUUGAUCGUUGCCAUGCUAUCCAAAGAGCAGCUGCAGGAGCUCUAUUCCUACGCGAAAUCGCUUGGCAUGGAGCCGCUCGUGGAGGUCAACAACCCGGAAGAGAUGAAAGUUGCCAUGGACAUUGGCGCACAAGUCGUCGGUGUUAACAACCGCAACUUGCACGACUUUGUGGUGGACCUCAAUACCACCUCGACCAUCGCCAAGGACUUGCAAGGCGGUGUUGUUUUGUGUGCACUCUCUGGCAUCAGUACCCGAGCAGAUGUCGCCAAGUAUGUGGAUGAAGGCGUCGGUGCGGUCCUUGUCGGUGAAGCACUUAUGCGGUCAACAGACAAGGGUGCGUUUAUUGCUACACUGCUCGGGCGGGAAGAGCAAAAGGCAAAGGUGCACACAAGACGCAGGAUAGUCAAGAUUUGUGGUACGCGCACCCCUGCCGGCGCAGUUGCUGCAGCCGAGGCCGGUGCAGACCUGAUUGGCAUGAUCUUCGCUGAAGGGCGCAAACGAACAUUGUCUAUGGAACAGGCUCAGCAAGUGAUUGCGGCUGUACGCACCUUGCCCGCGCGACAGGUAUCGAAGGAGCCCGUCUCGACGGACGAGUGGUUCUCUAUGCAAGCCGACUACAUCUCUUCCUGUACGAGACCCUUGAUUGUUGGCGUGUUUCAGAAUCAGCCCCUCUCCACAAUCUUGCACUACAAGGCGAGCCUCGGUCUUGAUGUGAUUCAGCUGCACGGCGAUGAGCCGGCCUCCUGGGCGCAUCUCAUCCCGGGGCCAGUCAUCAAGGUCUUUGGCACAGGCAAAGCUUCAGGGCUUAGCAAAACAGGCCUCCAUGCAUUACCCCUUGUCGAUUCGGUGUCUGCAUCGGGAGUCAGUGGUGGAACAGGCAGCAAGGUGAGUUUAGAUGGUGCUGCACAAAUCACAAAGGAGCACGGCGAUGCAUACAUCUUGGCCGGUGGCUUGACGCCCGAGACAGUAGCGGCGGCGAUACAGCAGACUGGGUGUCGUGGUGUGGAUGUCAGUUCUGGCGUCGAAGAUGAGUCUGGCGAGCAGAGCUCACAGAAGAUUGCAGCAUUCGUCAAAGCGGCGAGGGAGGCAUAGAUCUUAUAGACAUUGCCUAGAAGCUCUUCUCAGUAUGCCGUGAUAGUGUUGC